AUGCCAGCUGAGCAUGGCAAAACGGGUGUCGUAAGCUAUGAAGAGAGACCAAUUCCAGAAAUUGGUCCAAUGGACGUAUUAGUAGAGGUAAAGAAGACAGGUGUAUGUGGAUCAGACGUACAUUAUUGGCAACACGGCGCUAUUGGUCCAUUUGCAGUAUCCCUUUGUCCAAAUGGAAUGUGUCUCGGUCACGAAUCAUCUGGUAUCGUUGUAAAAGUCGGUAGCGACGAGAAAGUGAAAGUGAAACCAGGUCAACGUGUAGCAAUGGAGCCAGGAUUCGGUUGCGGUGUAUGUUCAGAUUGCAAGAGUGGCAGAUACGAACUAUGUGAAUUUAUGACAUUCGCAGCAACACCACCAUUCGAAGGUGGUACUCUCUGUCGUUACUUCAAAUUACCAGCUGAUUUUGUUCACCCGAUUGCUGAUUCACUCACCCUCGAAGAGGGCGCUAUGAUGGAACCACUGAGUGUUGCCGUACAUGCAGCUGCCAAGAUCGGUCAAAUUAAAGUUAAUGAGAAUGUCAUCGUUUUUGGUUGUGGUCCAGUUGGACUUCUCUUGAUAGCAACAGCUAAGGCACUCGGCGCCAGACGUAUAAUUGCGGUUGACAUUAACCAAGAGAGACUUACAUUCGCAAAAAGAUACGCAAACACAGAGUCAUUCCAACCACCUUCGAAAAAUGAAAAUGAAUCACAAGAUGAAUACAUGGCGAGAACUGUGAAAGAACUUCACAACACUCUCGGUGUUGAAUCUAGAGGUAUAAACGGCAUUGACUUGGUAUUAGAAGCAAGUGGAGCUCAACCAUGUAUCACAAUGGGAUUACACUUUUUGAAACCAGCAGGAAGAUUCGUUCAAGUUGGUAUGGGUAGACCAGAUAUUCAAAUUCCAGUUGGUGCGAUGAUGUCUAAAGAAAUCCAAUACAGAACAUCAUUCAGAUAUGGUCCAGGUACCUAUGCUUUAGCUAUUGAUUUAGUCAGCCAAGGUAAAAUAGAUCUUAAAGCACUUCACACUCAUUCAUUCGCUUACAAUGACGCAUUGAGUGCAUUCGAAGCUACAAAAGCAGGUAAAGGCAAAGACGGCAAGAGUUUGAUCAAGGCUGUUAUUGAUGGCCCAGAAGAAUUGUAA